AUGGAAGAGGGUGUAGGCGCAGCGGUGGUGAAUGAAGACACGGCAAACAGAGACAGUGCGGUUAUAGGCGAGGUAGGAGGAAUGCCUAUCACGGUGUAUGCAGAUUCUGGAGCUACACCAAAUCCAACUACAAAAGGGUUGGUAGACAGAGCGGGUCUGAGUAUGACUCGGUACAUGGGUUUACCAUUUCAAGGAGUUGCUGAGAUGGGAAUGCUUUCACCUCAAGGAGCGGUUAAGACGCCAGUACGAAUGAAGAGUUGGCAUGAGCGGUUCUUGCAGCCUGUACUGAGAAUUAAGCUUUUAGCGUUAGUGCACAACGGUGAUCGCAUGGACUUCUUGUUGCACGAGGCAAUGAGACCGAAAUCGGUGACGACAUCCGAGCCAUCAGAGAAGAUGGCGUUGGUUAAGCCGGUCACAGUGUUAACCGCUAGGCAGGGGCGGCGUGCGAGGGCCUUAGCGCCAAAGCGACGUUCAUGGGAUGCCAAGGUUAAACGAGAGACGUAG